AUGGAAAAAUACACCUUGAUCAAGCGGAUCGGCAGUGGUAGCUAUGGAACUGCUUAUCUCGGUAAAGAAAAAGCGUCAGGUGAUUUGUAUGUAUUCAAGGAGAUUGAUGCAAAGCAACUGUCACGCGCUGAAGUUAAGAAGAUUGCACUUGAGAUUAAGGUAUUGUCGAGUAUGAACCACGAAUUUAUUGUACGCUAUCAUGACUACUGCAAGCAUGAUGGAAAUAUUUAUAUUAUCAUGAGGUAUUGUCCUGGGGGCGAUAUGCACGAGAGAAUUAAAUUGCAGGGACGUAAUCCUUUCCCUAUCGAGCAAGUAUUCAAGUGGUUUUUACAGACUGCGCUAGUUUUACACUAUCUUCACCAGAAAAAAGUGAUCCACCGUGAUAUCAAACCUCAGAAUUUGUUUCUUGACGAAAAUAGCAACAUCAAAGUUGGAGAUUUUGGGAUUUCGCGCGUGCUUCAAUUCACACAGGAUAUGGCUCAAACUGCUGUUGGGACGCCUCUCUAUGUCGCACCCGAAGUCGUGAAAGGCAUGCCCUAUGAUUCCCGAGCCGAUGUGUGGUCAAUGGGAUGCACGUUCUACGAAAUUCUCACGCUGACGCCCCCAUUUACGGGUCUCAGCAUGUCAGAUCUGAUGUGUCGUGUGAAAGCGGGCGUGUUUCAGCGGAUCGACAACCAUUUCGAUUAUGACCUGCGAACGAUCAUUCACUCGAUGCUGGAAGUCGAUCCACGAAAACGACCCACCAUCGAAGAUAUUCUAAUGCAGCCUUGCCUUCUCUCUCGACUACACAAAUAUUACCCGCAAUAUGUCCCGACACUCUUUCCAUACACAACUCCGUCAGUCGAUACGCCGUCCCAGGUUCCUUCCGUUUCCUCCGGAAAGACCUCUUCGGCCUCCAGACUCACUCGCGUUUCUUCCAGUACAUCACCUACUAAAAUCACGCACGUGUCCUCUACACUCUCAAAUUCAUCAAAAAACGAGCGAAAGAGCGCGGCUCGGUCUUCGCCCGCCGUCAUUUUACACAGAGUCAAGCGAUCGAUGAGCAAUGGAUCGGAGUUCGACCUCAGCACCGAUGGAAGCUCGGUUUCUGCGGUUUCCACAGUGCGCAGAGCGUCCAUGCCCGCCAAACCCAUCGAAGUCAAAUCGAUUCAUCACAGAACGCGGAGUUCGGGGAUCUCAGCGUACUCUCGGCAAACGCCAGCAGUGGAAGCGGUGAACGAACACACCGAGCCGUCGGUACAAAAGCGAGCGUCCUCCAGCCAUAGCUCUGGAUCCAAGAUCACGCGAUAUAACGUAAAUCCAACCAGCAUUCAGCCGAUAGAAAGGACUUCUUCGCAGCCAAUUCGGGCAACGAGUCCUUCUGUGCGACCUGUUGUGCCCUCUGUACCAAACAAAGAAACACAAGAGAAAAAGAAGAAGAUUAGCAUCCAACCAAUACCGGUUCUGACUGGAGUAAACAAACAACUAAAGUGGAGGGUCCCAAAAAAGCAAGAUGUGCUUCGACAUGACUGGGAGCUAGGGCAGCUUCGUGGAAUAUUUGAAUACAACCAUCAAUAA